UUCAGUAUCUUCUCUGAAGGUCGCGGAGGAUGACCACUCUCAGGAUAAUUCUUUGGCUGCUUUGUGCAUUGGGGAGAGGGGUGGCGUCACAGGGAAACGAAAAUGUUGAAGAUCAGCAUCUCAAGACUAUUGGAUCAUACUUCCAGAACAACGAGAACGGUAUAAUGAGUUUCCUCAAUAACCUCAACAUUGGAAAUACUCUGAAUUUGGGGAGGGCCCACACGGUCAGAUGUGGCGGACAAAGUAGCUCCCGACGAAUCACGUGGCAAAGCGACAGUUACCCUAGAGAGACGAUGCUCCCUCGAUGGUGUACCCUUCGCGUCUCGCCCAGAUCUUCAACCUGCGGCUACAGAGUGCACUUCGAAGACGUCGAUACGGCUACGCCACGGCGCGACUCAAUAACAGAAUGCGACGUGACCACUCCGUCCUUUAGGUUGGCACAUGGAAGGACCGUCUCCUGGCCCCUCUGCUCUGGAUUGACAGGUUUCGAAGGUAUCGUGGAAAUGAAGGCCUCAUCUGAGGAGGGCGAAAGGGACCCGAUCACCUUCCUGCUCACUCUCAAUCCAACUGUGCCUUCGGCCUUCAGCAUCAACGUGGAGGAGAUCGCGUGCGGCAACCUGACUGGCAGUUACAGAUCCCCAAACCACUGCGGGAUUAAAAACCCUUCCGAUAAUUCUCGCCAACGGGCUCUCCGGCAGGAGGACGAAGAUGGCAGAACUGAGCUGAGCGCCUCAAUCAAACAAGGACGCACCGUGCCUGAGGCGGAAACCGGCGCUGAAGACGAAAAGCUCUCAGCAAUUCCCACAGUCAAAAAUAGCAAGAGAAUCGAGAUUGACGAAGAUUCCGACGCUGAGGACAGUGACGCAACAAAGAGGCAGCGCUCCCCCGAGGAAAAGAUCAAGAAAAGGCUGAUGAAGAUCCUCAAGAGGAGAAGCGAUCCUUACUCCAAAGCUUUAACGAAACGCCUCCGUGGUGACGAAGCAGCAGUGAACACCUCCCCUACCUGGGCCGUUGAGGAGGAGGCAGAAGUCAACGAGUAUCCUUGGAUGGUAGCCAUCAGGAGGUCUAAUUUCAGCGACGGCGGAGGAACCUCCUCGGCAGAUGAAGCGAUACCUUCCCCCUGCAGCGGUGUCCUGCUGAGUGACAUCCACGUCCUGACGUCGGUGGAAUGCCUGAUCACCUAUACUUCUGGCCACAGGAUCGCAGCUACCAGCCUGUCCGUGCUCGUCGGGGACCACGACCUCAACACCAGAAAGGAGACGGAGAGCCGCGAGGUGCCGGUGGCGAAGGUCAUCUUCUCCUUCGACUAUUCUCCCGUCAACUACCGGGAAAGCCUGGCUGUCGUUAAGCUCAAACAAGCCGUGAGAAUGAACAGGGCCGUCAGACCUGUUUGCCUUCCGCUGAGAUACAACACCUUCCUGAGAACCAGUCUCGUGGCCGGGUGGCACAACACAAUGGUCAACCGGAGGAAAGUAGCGGCCUCCCUGAUGGUGGCCGAAGUGGAAUUAGCGGACGAAAGCGUCUGCAACACGACGGUCGCCCGUCUGGACGCCGUUAUGCAUGGAGUGCGAGCGGAAGAGGACGAAGAAGAGGACUGGGUGGAAACGGUCCCUUCUUUCAACAGAAACGAUUAUGUCUGCGCGGGAGUCGAAAGGAAUGCUAACCCUAUCUGUUCGAUUGGCUCAGGAGCGCCCCUCAUCCGCCAGGACACGUCCGGUGCCUACUACGUCACGGGUAUCGGCACCCCAGUCAACGUCUGCGGGCACGACUUGACCAGCCUCUUCGUGCGGGUCCAACCGGAGUCCAGCUUCCUCAGCCUCGCUCUGAGGAACGAAACGUCCAGGUUUCCGAUCAUUUGGGCGCUGCCGUAAUUUGUUGCGCUGUUGAAAUAAAGAGAUUUAUGUUGUAUUUAUUAAUUUUGUUAUUUGGAAACUGAAGUUUCGUAAUCAUCUGGGCUGGAGGAUAUAUAUGAUAUUACUCUCGAGCGAUGGGACAUCUUUAUUGAAGAUCAGUUAUUUCAAUAUUGCACUUGAAUGCGCAACUUAAAAGUUCUUGUUUGGAUUUUACACUCCCA